UGUUUUGUAUUUUCUUUAAACAUUGAAAUGUGCCAGCAGUUCACAGUCUCUGCUCCAUCUCAACAGAGGGUGAUGUUACAGGCUCUCCUAUCAUCUGAUCAGGCAGUGCUGUGGCCACCUCCUGACACUCAUGACUAAUUUAAAGCAGGAAGCUGCAAGCAUACACCAGUCUUGCCAAGUCACCAUGGCAGCAGUAAGGAUGGGUGAAGGGAGGGGGGGUUGUUGUCCCUGGGGACCUGCUUCCGAAAAGAAGACGCACCAGUAAAGAUGCCUCGCACACAGCAGAGCUGCAGGGAAGGAACGCUAUUCUCCAUGGCUAAUGUCAUGCUUCUCAUCUUACUUCUUCUCUACUGUGAUGGGAUGAACACAGAGACGACCUCUUCCCCAGAGUCUGAUCCUGUAAUUACAACCAAAAAAGCUGUAUUUAAAGGUCAAAGUCAAGUCAUUAUUGAAGAGCUUACAAUCCUGACACCCCAAUAUAUAGAGCUUUUAUGUAACUUAACUGAUUUACCAAAUAACCCCCUGUACAUUACUGGCUAUUGGACUAAAGAUGGACAAGAAAUUGAAAACUCUGAAGAAACUGUAAAUAGAAACAAUGAACAGUAUAUUCUUAAAAGGACUUUCAGUAUACAGACCAGAGACCUGGGGAAUUAUUCAUGCAUCUUCAGAGAAAAUGAGGCACAAGUAACAUUUGUUUUAAAUGUUCCGGUAAUGAAAGACAAAAGAGACAAGCCGAUUGUGAGCUACAUUGGAGAUUCAGUUGUACUCGAGUGUAAACUCAAACACACACCAAACACAUGGAACUGGUACAAGGCAAACAACACUGAAAAGGUGUUCAUCAAUGUCACUGCAAACCCUCUGAACUACAAGAUCCUUAAUAAUGGAACUAUAACAAAACUGACUGUACUGAAUCUGACUGAGGAAGAUUCUGGAAAGUACAUCUGCAGUGCUGAGUUUGACAUCAAACCCAGCGAGUCGUAUGUGGAGCUGAAGGUCAUGUCGUACACUGAGCCUCUCAAACCCUUCAUAGCCAUAGUGGUUGAAGUCGUUGUCCUGGUCACACUGAUUUUGCUUUGGGAAAAAUGCAACAAGCCACAACAGAACGACUCAUCUGGAGGAGAGAAUGAUGUCUACUCUGAACAAACCAGAAAACUCACUCAUGAUGACAGCAAUGGAUUUGAGAACAACACGGCAAGACAAAGAAAACCGGAGCACUAAGAUUUUCAUUAAAUCAGAUGAAAGAGCAGCGUGUGAUUAUAUAAAACAUUUUUAUUCUGCUUUUUAAUUCUUGUGGUUUGAAUCACAUAAGCAAUAAGGUUUUUUGUUGGCCAAGGCAAUAUCCUAUAUCAUAUAUAUUUACAUUCCUAAUAUUAAAUGUUUUAAAACAGCAUGUUUUCAUACUUCAACAUAGUGCUAUUGUAAAAGUUUCAGGGUUCAUAUGACCUAUUUUGGACAUCAGUUUAAUAAGAAAGGUCAACUAAUGAUGAAGCUGAUUCCCGAAGGCUUUAUUUAAGGGUUAGAUCACUUUAUAUGAUGAACAUACUUUAGGCUUUCAUUCAAAUAACAUUUAUCACCGCACAUGCAUAAAAGUCAAUGGAAGCUCAGCUGUGCUUGUUUGACAAGCGAGGACCAAUAGGGUUUGUUCAUCAUGUAAAGUGAUUGUGUCUCUUCAGAAGACUGGAUAACUUAUAUGAUGCCUUUUUGCACUUUGUGAAAGUUUUGGUUGUGCGGGCUUUCAAUGGACGGACGUAAAUGAA